AUGGAAUAUCUCAAGAUCACAAAAGUGGAUAACAUCACAUUGCAUCGGCGAGGAAGGUCGUUUAAAGGUUCAUUACAUCUAACAACACAUCAUCUUAUUUUUACACUAGCAGAAAGCAGCAAUGGGCACACAAAUGGCAAGCCAGCGAGUCUGAGAGAGCUCUGGUGCUGCUACCCAAUAAUAGAGCGUGUAGAGCUGCGCAAGGGCUCUGCAUUGAUGUACAAACGAAGCUGGAAAGGUGUGAAUGAGGGGGUGCAAGUGGGGAAUAGAGCCGACGGCACUAAUUGGCAAGGUAGGGAGGAGGAGGAGGAGAAGGAGAAAAGUAAGCAGGCACACAACAUGGAAUUGGAGGAGGAGGUGGAGGCUUGGAAGCGGGAUCAACUCUACAAGGGAGCGAACCUGAAAAUCUACUGUCGGGAUUACAACUACAUGAGUUUCGACUUCCAGGAUGUGACCGUGUGUAAGGAUGUGUACGACAGUGUGAUGAAGCUGACAUGCACGGGCAGCAUUGAGGAGUGUUAUGCGUUUUUGUACGAACCAAUUGUGAUCGAAGCGCAGUACGAUAGCUGGUGGGACUAUGACCCGCAGGCGGAGUUUGUGCGUGAAGGUUUAAGCUUUGAUGAAGUGGAAAACGUGAAAAAGCGGCUUGGAGAGCUGGAAAGUGCGACAUUAGGGCUGGAAAAGCCCAGAAAAGGCCGCCAUUCGUGGCGGAUGACCGGCGUGAACGAGAUGUACGAUGUGUGCGACACGUAUCCGCGUUUUGUGUGCGUUCCGGCGGAUGUUCAAGAUGCCGUAAUUACAGAAUCUUCCAAAUUCCGAUCCAGGGCCCGUUUCCCGUGUCUGGCGUACUACUACCGGAAAAACGGGUGCACGAUCAUGCGGUGUUCGCAGCCGUUGGUGGGAAUCAAGCAGAAUCGGUCGUACCAGGACGAGAGGUUGGUAUAUGGGGCAUUUAGCAGUAAUGGGCGUGGUAAAGAGCAAAAUCUUGUGGUGGAUGCCCGGCCAGUCACAAGUGCGAUGGCCCAGAUGGCAGUCGGGGCUGGAACUGAGAGCAUGGACAACUACUGGGGCGAAACAAGCCGGAAAUUGUACCUUGGGUUGGAAAAUAUCCAUGUGAUUCGAGACAGCAUGAACUGCGUGAAGGAGGUUUUGCGUAACGGAGAUGUGGAGGGGGCAGUUGGGGCGGCGAGUACGCCGGAGAUCGCCGAGCACAGGGCGGAGAUGCACGAGCAGCUUGCGAAAAGCGGCUGGAGGCACUACGUGUCACAAUUACUGAAAGCGACAGAUCUUUUGGUCAAGUGGAUCCACUUGAAAGGUGCCCAUAUGGUCGUGCACUGCUCGGAUGGCUGGGACAGGACCCCGCAGGUGAUAUCACUUGUUGAAAUAUGCAUCGAUCCGUACUUCCGGACCCUGGAUGGCUUUUUUGUGCUUGUUGAGAAAGACUGGUGCUCGUUUGGCCACCGAUUCAACGACAGAUGCGGCCGUUUGAACACAGAGGGGAAAUUCCACGAUUACGCGUCGAGCAAAGUUGCAUCUGUGGGAACGAGAUUCCGGAAUUUUCAAGGUUUUAAGAGUUUCCGACAGCUCAACCAGGCACUUCGGUCUCGGCCGAACGCUGAAAGUCUCGAGAGUCCAACAUUUCAGCAGUUUUUGGACUGUGUUUAUCAGUUAAUGAGGCAAAAUCCGGCUGCUUUUCAAUACAACGAGAGGUUUUUGCGCAGAUUGGUCUACCACCUCUACUCGUGCCAGUAUGGAACAUUUCUGCAAAACUGUGACAAGGAACGGUACGAGCACGACCUCCCGGGUCGGACGCGGUCGGUUUGGGACUAUUUCAAGGCCAGGCGGGCCCAGUUCACCAAUCCAGACUAUUGUGCACCUGUAGAAUACUCUGAAGAUACUGAUUACGAUUACGAUGCAAAUGUGCUCUAUCCGAAUUACACGGAUGUGAUUUUCUGGUACCAGUUGAACGGUCGGUCGUAUGAGGACAUGAAUGGUGUAGAGAGGCGGAUGAGAAAGGCCGGGAGUUCAAGGAGUGGUGAAAGUGGUGAAAGGGGUGUGGAGGAAGAUGGGGGAAAGGAGAAGAAUGAAGAAGGAGAUAGAGGUAAAAAAAGAGAUAAAGAUGAAGGAAGAGAUAGUGGCGAAAAGAAAGAAAAUGAGCAAAAGAUGGAAAAUGAGAGUGAGGAAGUUGGGAAAAGAAAUAAAGAAUAUGAGGAGGCAAAAGGUGAUCAAGAGGGAGAAAUAAAGACAGACCGAUGUGAUAAAACAGACCUAGCUGGUCAGAGAAGCCAAUUAAAUGAUACUAUAAAUGACCAAAGCGACAAUGUGCAUGAUAAUAACGGGAAAAUAGAUGGCCAAUGGAAUCAGAUGACAAAGUACGACCAUUCUGAAAAAAAAUUCAACAGAAAAAUGGAGAGAUUGGAGAUAGAGUGA